CGCUGCCACGGCAGAUGCGCGAAGGUCAAAAGUAUUUUAAAAAUAAGGCCGUAGGCACUGUGUGGCAGUGUAAUAUUAUUAUUGUAUUGGUAAUAUGGCAGCAGUGGACGUUUAAGGGUCGUGUGGCGUUGUUGUAAUGGCAAAAAGUUUGCAAAAGGGUCGGGAUUGGAGAUAGACAAGAUGGACCAGCAGUAUUGCCUACGGUGGAACAAUCAUCCAGCGAAUUUAACGGACGUGUUGAGCUCACUGUUGGCGAGAGAAGCACUUUGUGAUGUUACAUUAGCGUGUGUUGGUGAAACCUUCAAGGCACAUCAGACAAUACUUUCGGCAUGUAGCCCCUAUUUUGAAAACAUAUUCCUCCAAAACAUUCAUCCGCAUCCGAUAAUAUUUCUCAAGGAUGUUAAUGACACUGAGAUGAAGGCGCUCCUGCAUUUUAUGUACAAGGGAGAAGUUAACGUCAGUCAGCAUCUGCUGCCUAUGUUCUUAAAAACGGCAGAGGCGUUACAGAUACGCGGACUCACUGAUAAUAGUGUAAAUAAUAAGAACAAUGACGACAAAAGCUCAUCUCCGGAGCCGGACCAGACGCAGACCAGCGCCAGGCAUGCCGACUCACCUAACCUACAACCACAUCCUGAAAAAAGAAAACGAAAAGUAUCUGGAACUAAUUACGAUGUCUCGAUGACCGGUGGACCUCCUAGUGAACGCUUUCUAUCCGAUUCUCAGGCAUCGUCUCAAUGUAGUUACAAAUCAAGUCCUACAGUGAUCCCAAAGUCAAACAAUACACUGGGCGGUGAUUUAGAAGAUGGAGGCCGAGCAAUAUCACCGUCAUCUCAGGCGCAAACGACUAUAAAGCAGGAGCUCGAUCACCACAUGCCUGAUUUUCACGACAACAUUUCUCUCCCCGGUCAUCCAGUCGGAAUGCUUGGCGAAGACGGAGGACCAACUGCGGGGGCACUUAGUGAUGGUGUCCCUGGUAUGGAAACUUCUGAGCACCAUAAUCCCCCAGAAAUGCUCGACGGACUUGAUGGUUCAAAAGCCUGGCACAUGCGGCUGACCUUUGACCGGGUGCCAGGCGGCUGCAACCUACACAGGUGCAAGCUGUGCGGCAAGGUCGUGACGCACAUCAGGAACCACUACCACGUCCACUUCCCCGGCAGGUUUGAGUGUCCUCUCUGUCGUGCCACGUACACACGUAGUGACAAUCUGCGAACUCACUUUAAAUUUAAACACCCCGAGUCAAGGAAAAUAGACCUUAAUGAUUUCGUCGCCAGCUCACUGGCUCUGUCCGCGUCAAACAAUGACACCAUGAACACCUUGUCAUAAGACGAGCUUGCGUGGGUGCGCGGUGCGUACGUACGCCCACGCAACGUGGAUGCCCAACAACAACAACAACAACCACCACCGCAGACGUGGCGCGUGCCGGCCCUCAUUCGUGAUACCGAAUUUUUAAAUAAUAUCCAUAAUAAUAGCAUUAAUAAUAAUAAUCUAAAUAAUUCUAUAAUUAAUAAUAAUAAUAUUAAUAAUAACAAUAAUAAUAGUAAUAUAAAUCCGAAUCUAUUCACGCCUGGAUGGCCGGCUUCAUUUUUACUGUUCAAUCAUUUCUUCUCUGAACACCAAAUCUUGUAGGUCUUACGCUUAUAAUGAUUUAUAUAAAUAUUAAUAUAUAAACAAGGUGAUAAUGUCACUAUUUAUUAUUAUUAAUUAAUAUUUAAAUUUGAAAAAAAAAAAAAAAAAAAAAAAAAAAAUAACGUGAUGUAUGAGGGUGCACAGUGACUUUUUACUAUAAAUUUUAAUUGUUAUAAUUAAUAUAUAAAUUAAUGAUUAUUCGAGUUUGAUGGAGAUCAACGCGAUUACAUCGAACAUGUUAAGAAGAGGAUACCCAGGCGUCUAAUAAAUUCAUUUUUUAAAAACUAUAUAUAAAUAAUAUAUAACACACAGUAAAAAAGGAUUCGUCGAAGUGUAAAACCACCAGCUUUAAUUCAUUGAUUUUUUAACAUGGAAAUGUUAUUUUUUUCAAAAGUAACACUUUUUAAAUGUCAAUUUUUAAUUAACACACAGUAUAUGUUAAAAACACUCAGAGUAAUUAUUGGAAAAUUUUUACUAUUAACAUAUAACGUAUGUUAAAAAGACAUCAGUAAGUGUUAACUUUUCGUUUUGAACAUAUAUAGGUAAAUUUUUACGAAUCCUUUUUUACUGUGAUAUAUAUUGUUAAUUUUAUCGGAUUUCGAUGGGUACAGCUUUAUUUGUCUGUGUUAGAACUAUUUAAUAAUCAAUUUUUUUUUUAAUUGACAUUAGCUACGUUGAUCGUUGGAUAAUGAGGGCCUCGUAAUCCCACGCGGAAUUUUAAAAAAAAAUUUUUGAAAAUCGUUCAACAAUGAUUUUAAAUUGUUGAACAUUUUUGAGAAUAAUAAUAAUUAUUUAAUUAGAUAAAAUAUAAAUUAAUAAUUGACACACUAAUUUGAUAAAAAAAAUGGGAGCAAAAUGUGGUGCCAAUUUUCCGUAGUUGCUGCUGAGCGGCGUCGGCGACUGGCAGCCAUUUUCUUUAUUUUUUUUUUCUUCUUCAUUAUUAACUUUUUUUAAUUAAUUAUGAAAAAAUUUAUUGAUUAAUGUUAUUAUUAUAAUUAUUAUUAUUAUUAUUGAUUAUAAAGAUGAUAAACGCGGGGUAAAUCUUUAUUGUUGUUGAAAGUUUUAAAGUUUGACAUCAUAUUAGAUUGUAAUUUAUAUAACCCGGGGGUUGUAGUUGCUGUUUAAUUGUCUGUUUUAUUAUUAAUAUUAAUUUUAAUUUAAAUUGAAUUUAAUUUUAUAUAUAUAUUUAAAACUGACAUACCGUACGAAAAUUAACGUUUAUUUAACAACGAAUAUUAUUUUUUAAAAUUAUAUAUCUUUAUUUACAUCUAUAAUAUGAAUGUUUUAAAUAUUUAAAAUAUAUGUUGUUGACAUCUAGAAGUCUAUAAAUAUAAAAUCAACUGUGAGUAAUGCAGCAAAUUUGUGGAAAGUUAUUACAUUCCACGAUUAGAUUGGGACUUAAGCAUAGACGGAAGAAUAUAAGAUUUUUAUUGUACGAAAAAGAAAAAAGAAAAAACAAAAAAAAAAUUAUGAUUUAUAGUAUCAUAUUUUAUAUUUUAUAUAUUAAUAAUCUAACUGUCAUAUAAUGAUUGGUUAUAGAUAGUUUAUGAUACAAUAUAAAUUACGCAAUUUUUAUUUUAUCACAUUACCAAUUAUUUAUUUAAAUAAAUAAAACUCAUACUUUUAUUUCAAUAUUUUUCUUUGAUCUUUGUAACUGUAAUUUAUUAUUUUUGAAUUUACCGCCGACGUUUUUAAGUGUCGCCAUCUCUACGAUAGUCAACAAACCAACUUCUGUAUAAACAUAAGAGUAGUAAUAGUUGGCAACACUGAGUCGGCCAUUUUGAAUACCGGAAGCCAUUUUGAUUUCCUUCUUAUUUUCCCCUAAUUUCCUAAUAAAAUAAUAAAUUAAUUGUUUAAAGUUACGAAGAUUAAUUAAAAUAUUAAUAAUUUGAAAUAGAUGAGUUUAUUAAAAUAAAUAAUAGGUAUUGUUGGUGUAAUUAUUUAAAAUAAUUACAUUGCGCGUUAUAAUGGUUGAGGAUAGUCCAUUUUGUUUGCCAAUUAAAUUUUUAAAAUUUUUAUUAUAAUUAUUAACUUUUCGCGGCAAUAGCGACUACAGAUUUAUUUAAUUUUUAUUUAAUAAAAUAAUAUAUUUUAAUAUAUAUAUAUAUAUUAUUUAUAACAAACAUAACAAAGAUAAUUGAUGUUAGUUAUUUUAAUUUAAAUAAAUGAAAGGGAAUAGUAACAAAUGAUGCAAUAGUAGACACGGAGGUUAAUUUUUAAAUGAAAAAUCUAAUAGAGAAAUAAAGAGUCAAAGUAAUAAACUAUUCAAAGAGCCAAACCGCUUAAAUAAUUGUGAUCAUAUGAUAUUACCGUCUAUCUCUCUUUUAUUUUAUUAUUUUCUUUUUUUUUCUUAAUAUCGGGAUGGUUAAGUUAAUUAACAAGAUUUUAAAACAUAAUUAUCACACAUGGGGGCACUUUGCAUGGUUAUAGAUUUAAAUUUACAUACAAUACAAUUAUUAUUUAAUAUUAAUAAUAAUAUAUAUAUAUAUAUAUAAAAAAAAAGUUAUAUAUAUCCAGAAUAUUAAUAUAUUAUGCAGAUUAAUAGAUAUUAAAAAAAUAAUAUAUUGGAUAAUUUAUUAUAUUUUGUUUGUUUUACCGUUUUAUGAUUUUAUAUUAUACACAAUGUUAUUUAAUAUUCAUAUAUAUGAAUACUUGUGAGCAAAUAUGUGAGCCGUGUGCUUUGUGUUAUUUAUUUAAAAACGUCCGAGUUAUCAUUAUUUUAUAUUAUUAUUAUUUUAGUGUUUUUUUUAAUUAAUUAUAUUUAAAGACACUUGUCUAUCUUUUUCUGGUUAAUUUUUUAUUCAAAUAUUUAAAUAUUAUAUUUUUUUAUUUUAAUUAUCUGUACUUUUCAAACGAUACUUUUUUUUUAUACGAAGCGAUGAAAUUUUUUUUUUUAUACUCAGCUCUGUGACUCGGAAUCGGUGGUAAAAAAAUUUUAUAGGAUUUUUUCCAGCUACUGCUGAUUAGAAAAAAAAACAGCAUUUUUAUUUUUUUUCAAAAUUUUAUUAAUGAUUUUUUAAUUUUCUUUUAUCAAAUUUUUUAUAAAAAAGACCGCGGAUAAUUUUUUUGAAUGAGCCCGCGUCAAUUAUCAAAUUACGGCAAAAAAGUUUUGAAAUUUUCGCUAUUGGCGUUAACAAAAAUAGUCCGCUCUGAUUUUUUUUUAAAUUUUUUUACUAGUCUAAAAUAAAAUGACCAAAAUUUUAAUUAUUUAUAUAAUUUGUAAUAAAAAAAUUACUUGUAAAUGACCGCAAUUAAUAUUUUAAAUAACCGCGCGUAAAAUUUAAAUUUUUUCGAAAUUUUUCUCCACAGAAAUUAUGAAAAUUUAAAAGCAUAAGCUGUCAUAAAGAGUAAAAUAAUUAAAACCAUGAUGCAAAGUGGAAUUGCAAUACCCGUAGGUGGUUAUAUAUUAAUAUAUAUACCAGAUAUUAUAUCUCCUAUACAUAUGCAUACACAUUUGAAUAUAUGAGUGAAAUUAACUCAACCGCGAGUUAUUUCCGAGUAAAGAGACAGCUCGAGCUUAUUAUUCAUUAGCCAAAAAAAGAAAACAAUUUCAUUUCCACCGAAAACAAAGCGCUCUUAUAAUUUAUUUAUUUAAAAAAAAUCCAUGAAUUGAAACAAUAAAUAUAUAAAAUUAACCAGAAGAAGACUCGGUACGUGUAAACAAAGAAAUAUAUACGGCCUGCACCAAAAACCAAACAUUGAUUACCGCAAUAAAUACAGAACCGUCAGAUUAAUUAAUAAGCAGGCUGCCAGGCUGUUACAUUAAAUUUUUAUUAACUAAUUAUUAUUAUUACUACUUAUAAUAUCUUUACCUUACUUAUUAAUACUAAAAAUAAAAAUGAAUAAAAUCUAAAAAAAUAAUAUUAUUAAUAUUUUGAUUUAUUAUUUUUUAUAAAUAAUGCUAAUAAGACCACUAUUAACUUUGCACUUCAACCGCAACAACAUUAUUUAUAUAUAUUUACAACCGCGUGGUGUGGAGUGGAACAUUGUGAUAAAAUAGAUUGGUGCUAACACCUUAUUGAAAUUGAGAUAAAUUUAAAUUAAAUUUAAUCUAAUCUAAUCUAAACUAAUUAAUUAAUUAAUAAAUCAAGAAAAAAACAACUAAAAAUCGUGCAAUAUUGCGAUAGGGAAUAUUGUCAUUCAAUAGAUCUGGUAUAUUUUUCCCUUAUCGAUAUCUAAUUAGACGUAAUUUAUUUUAUAAAAUUAAUAAAUUUAUAAAUUGACAUUUUAAAGCUCAAAAUUUUAGCCUAAUGUGAUAUAUGUAAUUCAAAAUUUUAAUUCGACAGGGAAAAAUUUACUUGUGUAAUAGGUGAUAGCACAGUAAUUUUAAAAAUAUCAACAAUUGUUUAUUUAUUUUUAAAAUUUCAUUUUUAUUAUUUAAAUAAAUAAUUUGUGAUGAGGAUUUAAAACGAUUGUAUGUUAAAUGAUAACCGAUGGCUGUGCACGUGUGUAAUUUUACUGAAAAAAAAAAAAAAAAGAAAAAAAUAAAUAAAUGUUACCUAGGGCUUAAGAUUUUAAGUUUAAAAACUAUGUGUAGAUACGUUUUUAAAUUUUUUUCACGUAUCGAGUGCCCGUCGAUCUGUUGAGUGACAAUUGCGAUUUUCCCGCGUUAAUUCAAAUCUCUUUGUACAUUAUUUAACUAAAUAAACAAAAAAAAUUAAAAAAACAAAAUUUACUAUUAUUAAUAAUUAAUCUAAUUAAUUAAUAAAUAAUAAUAAUAUAUAUAUAUAUGCAAAGUAUCAAUAUAUAUGUAUAUAGACUUCAAUAUACAUGUAUAUUUGUGUAUAUAUUUCAUUAAAAAAAUAUAUUUAAAUCAAUCAAUUAUUAUAUACAUAUAUAUAUAUACAUUUUGUUAUAUCUUUUUUUUUGGUGUAAUUGAAGUUUAGAAAAAAAAAAAAAAAUCGUAGCCAGCGAUAAGUGUUCGAUUUCGAAUAAUUAGUCUUGAAAUUAACGAGUGAAUUGAUUAGAAAUUUUUUUCUAAAAUAGACACGAUCAGACUGAAGAUGUGAUUGGGACGUGGAAUGUUAUACGAUUUUAUUAAAAAGUAACCAAUAAAAUUGUAUAGAAAUACAAACUUUUUGAAAAGAGAGAAAGAGUGAAAGGCAUUAGUGGUAAUGCAUUUCAAUAAAAUGCUGUUGCAUUAAAUCGGUUAUAAUGAAAAUAAGAUAUAUAUAUUUUGUCAUUAUACUCAUUUAUAUUGAUUGAUUUAUUAUAAUUACUAAUUUAUACUUUUUUUUGCUUUCUUUUAAAUAAAUCCUGUCCUAGUUUCCACAUAUUUCAGAGCUGGUACAAAUAUUUCAAAAUAGUUUCCAUUUUUGAAUAAAUACUUAUAUAUAAUUUGACUAGAAUAUUUAAUUUCAAUUAUUAGUCGCUUUUACUAUAAAUUUUUUAAUUAAAAUUCAUAGUAGGUUAGGUUUGAUUGUUUUGUUCGGGUCCUAUCGGCUUCGCUCGGUUUCCAUCGGGUUCACUCGGUUUCUAUUGGCUUUGUUCGGGUUCAAAAAUUUUCAGUACAAUCUGAAACAAAAUGAAAUAUUUGUAACCUUCUCUAAAAUAAUAUUUAUUUAAUUACUUCCAUUUAUUAUUUACCUCAACUUAAAACUGUUUUCAAAGCAAUAUCUGUCAAUAUUUAAAAAAAAAAAAACUUAAAAUUAUCUUAGUCCCAAACAAAGCAUAAACAAAGUAAUAUAUAUUUAAAGUACAGUUACUUACGGGACAGGUGUCGUUGAAAUUGAAUGACAUUUAUAAUAACAACAAAACUGAAACAAAGAUAAUUAACAAAAGUAUUUUUUUUAAUUGUUGGAACAAAAAAUUUUGUUCAGUUUCAACGUCACCGAACAACUGCGGCACUAUACAUAAAAAAUAAACUAGUUAAUAAAUCUUAUAAAUAAUAAUAUAUACAUUUAUACAAUUAAAAAACGGUAAUAACUCCAUUUAAAGUUUUAACGCAAACUUAUUAAACAAUAAACAAAAAAAAUAUAUUUAAUAACAAAUUGUGGAGGAUUGUUUUUCUGAUCUGCGUUCGAGGCGAUUCGUUGAUGAAAUUGCCAAAUUAUUUUCACAAAUUAAUAAUUUUCAUUGAUAAAUAUAAUUAAUUAAUUAAUUAAAAUAAAUAAAUAAGACAAGGGUACGACAACGAAUCGGCAGCUCGAUAAAUAAAAUUGUUUAAUCUCCCUCGGAUUACGAUAAUAGCUAAAGUUAAUUAACUGCAGAGAUUAACGAUAACAAUAAAUACAGAGUAAUUAUAACACUCAAGGGAAACUAAAGAUUAAGAGGUAAAUCGGUUAGUUUUACUACGAAAAUAAAUAUUAUUAAUAAUAUUAAUAUAAUAGUUAAUUAUUAAAUAAAGUUAUUCUUACAAUUUUAUUGUUAUUAUACUCUAACAUGAAAAAAUAAAAUAAUAAUAAACAAGGUUUUAUGUUAUUAUCAUUAAUUUUAGUGUAGAUAAUAUGAAUGAAUAUAAAUAUAUUUAAAAAAAAAAAAACACAAAACAAUUACAAAGGAUUUAAUUACAUGUGCAUUUAAUGUAUUUCUUACUAAUUUUUGAUUAAACAUAAAUUGUGUGUUAA